AUGAAUAUUGCAUACCCCCCUCUCUCUGGGGAUUAUAUCCGGAUCUUGGAUGUCAGCAUAAAUGGAGAGCAUUCUGAACCUAUCUGCAACUUCAGGGUCGUGCCUCUAGAGAACCCUCCAGACUACACCGCUGUUUCCUACUGCUGGGAUAAUUCAACAGACAUAGCGAAGAUUAAGUUUCAAAAUGGCGACUCCCUCCCACUUAGCCAGACAUUGCUUGAUCUCUUUAACUCUCUGAAGCAGAAAUCCUCCAAGUUCACUGUGUGGAUCGAUGCCAUUUGUAUCAACCAGGAAGACACAACGGAGAAGGAGUUUCAAGUUCCCCUCAUGGGAAAGAUUUAUUCACGCUCUACGGAAGUCUUGGUUUGGCUAGGCAACAGUGAUGAUAUUACCAAAAAUGCAUUUCGCUUCAUGAAACAAGAAGAAAACGACGUCGAAGAGCAUGGCCUAGAGAGCAUGUUGCUUCUCCUCCAACGCCCGUGGUUCCAACGGGUGUGGGUUAUUCAAGAGGUUGUUGCCGGAAGGAACAUCCACGUGGUUUGUGGUGAGGACUGCGUAGAUCUGAGCCACUUUUCAGAUGGUGUUUCUGCCAUUUGGAACUCAUUUACUGGCUUGGGCCGUUAUGAAGACGAUCAUCCAGCCAUCCUUGGAUUCUGGUGUGUAACCAGGAUGCUUGGUAUACGAGAAGAAUACCAGAAGAAGAUUAAUCAGGGAGAAAGUGGAGUAUGCUAUGAGACUCUUCUUCAGGCUGCAUAUCAUUGCCAGGCCACAAGGACCUGCGACAAGGUCUUUGCUUUCCACGGUAUUGCAGAUAGCCGACCGGUCCCGAAAGCUAAUUACAGAAUCACUGAAGAGCAAGUGUUUGUGGAAACAGCCGAAGCACUUCUCUGCAAUGGAGAUUCCCUUGAUCUUCUAGCCCUAUCGUGGAUGGGAUAUAUGCGGCAACAUUCCAGGAUACCCACCUGGGCCCCCGAUCUUCGAUGCCAUGCCUACGAUGAGCCACUUGUUCUUUGUGACAGUGCAGGCUGGGAUGCGGGCGGACGCUUGAACACACCACCAAAGAUCGACGCUGAAUCACCACGUCGGCUUCGACUUCAAGUCAAGCAACUCGAUACAAUAGACGUCAUCUGCCCUCCAUUCGCUUCUUGGGUUGUAGAGCAGCAGCGGGCAGCAGUCAAAUCUGUCUUAGCCCUGAGAUCACGGCUAGCAGGCAACCUUUCCAGGGAAGCGUGGAUGGACAGAUUAGCUGAGUCUCUCAUUAUGGGUCUCAAUAUCGACGACAACCCACUGAGAGUCGGUAUGCCAGGAUGGGAUGAACACCGUCGGCAUUUUAACGAGUGGCUACAGUGGCUACAGUCGAACUCGCGACAAAAGGAUCUCCACAAAAUCGAGUCCAAUUUGCACCACCGUAUAAUCAGGACUCGUAUAGACACAAUGAAGGCAUUCGCAACCAGCCGAGGUUUCUUUGGUAUCGGGCCAGAACCUACCAUGCAAGGAGAUGUUGUGUACGCAGUUCCGGGCUGUCGAGUACCUCUUGUGCUGCGACCUGACCCAUUGACAGCUGAUGAAGAGAUGAGAUCUCUUCCCGUGCAGACAUGGACUCUUGUCAGCUGGUGUUAUGUCGAUGGGUUAAUGUUUGGAGAGGCUAUGGAUCAAGAGAGACCCGUUGAGGAAGUACUUCUGCGCUAA